CCGAGUUCAUACGCUUGGUGUAAAUACUGAAGAAAGUUACUGGAACCCACUAUCCCACCUCAUUUCAACUGACAGAGCGCUAUUUCCUUUGCUGACACCACUGCUGUUCCAUUGCAUGUAUCCACUUCCGACGACUCUCUUCUACAUGGAUCCGAGGACUCUUUAACAUUCCUGGAUAUGCGUCUUACCAAUGAUGCUAUCGAUACUUUCAGCCAGUUCAAUUUGUUGGACGAGAGACAGCUUUGUGACUUUGGAUUACCUGAAACUAGACCACUCCUCACCUAGGUUCCACACGAUUGCUAAAGAUCGUGCUUUUCUCGUAUUCUGUGCUUUCCGCCAGACGCUGGGGAUGGAACUCAUCAGUGAGCUUGAUUUUGACUAUAUCAUUGUUCAGCCGCAUAUCAGCAGUCCUGCUCUGACUUUACGUGUCAUGAAUAUCCCUUAUAUCCAAUGCUCGUAUGAGGAGACCAUUCGAGCGAUUAAAAUAGCAAGCGUCGCAGAAGCAGUGCAAAUAAGCCGCUUGAAAGUAGAGUCUGUCGGCAGUGAGGUUCAUGUGUUUUUGACCUCUCGGAGUGGCUUGAUUAUAGAAACGCCAAGUUACACAUUGCUACUUAAGCAGUAGAUAGAAGUUGCGAUGAAAGUGCAUCGUAAUGCUCACAACUAGGUGCCCUGCGCUAAUG